GUAGACGUCAGCAGGCUGGAGGUAGAAGGUGGCGUUGAGCAGCUCUUCCAGCCUGCGCGGGACGUCGUUCUCCCGGUAGUACUCCAGAGCCUGCUGCUUCAGCUUCUGCAGCUCCCUAGUGGUCCCACAGCUGCGGCCGCCGCCUUCUUCCCCCAUGAUGGAGAGUGUUGGCGUGUACGGAUUCUGUGGGUGUACAGCAAAGAACAAAAUGAAGUGUGACUCAAGGUGGGAAGUAGCCGCUUCAGAAGCGGCCCCCACGUCUGCAUAUUCAUCUCCAGCCCGGAGUCUUGGGGACACAGGGAUCACGCCUCUGUCCCCUUCCCACAUUGCGAACGAUGCUGACGCGAAUGUCUCGGCGGAGCAGACGUUCCUCGUGGUGGUGGCCAUCGACUUUGGGACCACGUCCAGUGGCUAUGCCUACAGCUUCACCAAGGAGCCGGAGUGCAUUCAUGUGAUGAGGCGAUGGGAAGGAGGUGACCCUGGGGUGUCCAACCAGAAGACUCCGACCACGAUCUUGCUGACGCCCGAGAGGAAGUUCCACAGCUUCGGGUACGCCGCCAGGGACUUUUACCACGACCUGGAUCCCAACGAGGCCAAGCAGUGGCUGUACCUGGAGAAGUUCAAGAUGAAGCUGCAUACGACCGGGGACCUCACCUUGGACACAGACCUGACAGCAGCAAACGGCAAGAAAAUCAAAGCCCUAGAAAUCUUUGCUUACGCCCUGCAGUACUUUAAGGAGCAGGCGCUGAAGGAGCUGAGCGACCAGGCAGGCUCGGAGUUCGAGAACUCUGAUGUCAGAUGGGUCAUCACGGUGCCUGCCAUCUGGAAGCAGCCCGCCAAGCAGUUCAUGAGACAAGCUGCCUACCAGGCAGGCCUGGCCUCCCCUGAGAACUCGGAGCAGCUGAUCAUUGCCCUGGAGCCCGAGGCGGCCUCCAUCUACUGCCGGAAGCUGCGGCUGCCCCAGAUGAUCGAGCUGAGCAGCAGGGCCGCGGUCAAUGGGUACAGCUCCAGAGACACAGUAGGAGCUGGGUUUGCACAGGCUAAGGAGCACAUACGGCGUAACCGGCAGAGCCGGACCUUUCUGGUGGAGAAUGUCAUAGGAGAGAUCUGGUCCGAGCUGGAGGAAGGGGACAAGUAUGUGGUCGUGGACAGUGGCGGUGGCACCGUAGACCUCACAGUCCAUCAGAUACGGUUACCAGAGGGACACCUUAAAGAACUGUAUAAAGCGACGGGCGGACCCUAUGGAUCCUUAGGAGUAGAUUACGAAUUUGAAAAACUUCUGUGUAAAAUAUUUGGAGAGGAUUUCAUCGAGCAAUUCAAAAUCAAGCGUCCCGCGGCCUGGGUUGACUUAAUGAUCGCAUUCGAGUCUCGCAAAAGGGCGGCCGCCCCGGACCGAACCAACCCACUGAACAUCACCUUGCCCUUCUCCUUCAUCGAUUACUACAAGAAGUUCCGUGGGCACAGCGUGGAGCACGCCUUGAGGAAGAGCAAUGUGGAUUUUGUGAAGUGGUCCUCACAGGGGAUGCUGAGGAUGAGCCCAGAUGCCAUGAAUGCCCUCUUCAAGCCAACCAUCGACAGCAUCAUUGAGCAUCUCCGGGACCUGUUUCAGAAGCCCGAGGUGUCCACUGUCAAGUUCCUGUUCCUGGUGGGCGGCUUUGCGGAGGCCCCGCUCCUGCAGCAGGCCAUCCAGGCUGCCUUUGGGGACAAGUGCCGCAUCAUCAUCCCCCAGGACGUGGGCCUCACCAUCCUCAAGGGCGCCGUCCUCUUCGGCCUGGACCCCGCCGUCAUCAAGGUGCGCCGGUCCCCGCUGACCUACGGGGUGGGCGUGCUGAACCGCUACGUGGAGGGCAAGCACCCGCCCGAGAAGCUGCUGGUGAAAGAUGGCACCCGCUGGUGCACCGACGUCUUCGACAAGUUCAUCUCUGCCGACCAGUCCGUGGCCCUGGGCGAGCUGGUCAAGCGCAGCUACACCCCCGCCAAGCCCUCCCAGCUCGUCAUCGUCAUCAACGUCUACAGCUCCGAGCAUGACAGCGUGAGCUUCAUCACCGACCCCGGGGUGAAGAAGUGUGGCACCCUCCGCCUGGAUCUCACGGGGACCAGCGGCACCGCGGUGCCCGCCCGGAGGGAGAUCCAGACCCUCAUGCAGUUCGGGGACACCGAGAUCAAGGCUACGGCCAUCGACGUAGCCACCUCCAAGAGCGUCAAGGUUGGGAUCGACUUCUUAAAUUACUAACCGGCCCUCCCUGUCACCGGUCCCCCUGGACUCCGCUCACCUGCAUCUGCUGACCUCAACCCUGACUGUUCUUUCCCUGCCCUUGACCUUGACGACGCCCGCCUGGAUUUCAGCAGGGACGAUGAGACCAGGGCUAGAAAUAAUGAGGGAUUUUGGAGGGCACACUGGAGUCAGAACAACCGCCGGGAAAUUAGCAUUGAGGUUUGGGAAUAAGAAAUCCAGGGAUCCUGGAAGAGCAGCUGGUUUCGAGGGUCCCAGGGGUGAAAGCCCCCCGCAGGGGGUCCGUGCGCUUCUGCAGGGGGGAGCCCACGCCGCACACCUCGCUGUCCUUCUGGAUUCCACAGGAGCGCUUUGCGCCGGGAGGAGAGUCUUCGUCCCUCUGAGGCUUUUCUUCCCACGUUGUCCUGGGUGGCAGGCAGGCAGCAUAGAAUGCCAGCCAUCUGCAGUUCGUUGCUUUUCCUCGACACGCGAUAGAGAGUGGAGUCGGUGGGAGGCUGGAGCUGUGUAGCGGUGGGAGAAGGCUGCCGACGCUGGGCGCUAUUUUAGGUUCUCACAGUUUCGAUUCCAAAUCGGUCCCUGAAGAACAGUAGCCGGGCAAG